AUGUUCUUUGACUACACUCGGUCAUCAAUGUUCACUGGCUACACUCGGUCAGCAAUGUUCACUGACUCCACUCGGUCAUCAAUGUUCACUGGCUACACUCGGUCAUCAAUGGUCACUGGCUACCCGCGUUCAUCAAUGUUCACUGACUACACUCGGUCAUCAGUGUUAACUGACUACACUCGGUCAUCAAUGUUCACCGACUACACUCGGUCAGCAAUGUUCACUGACUCCACUCGGUCAUCAAUGGUCACUGACUAUACUCGGUCAUCAAUGUUCACUGACUCCACUCGGUCAUCAAUGGUCACUGACUAUACUCGGUCAUCAAUGUUCACUGACUACCCUCGGUCAUCAAUGUUCACUGACUACACUCGGACAUCAAUGUUAACUGACUACACUCGGUCAGCAAUGUUCACUGACUACACGCGGUCAUCAAUGUUCACCGACUACACUCGGUCAGCAAUGUUCACUGACUCCACUCGGUCAUCAAUGGUCACUGACUAUACUCGGUCAUCAAUGUUCACUGACUACCCUCGGUCAUCAAUGUUCACCGACUACACUCGGUCAGCAAUGUUCACUGACUACCCUCGGUCAUCAAUGUUCAAUGACUACACUCGUUCAUCAAUGUUCAUUGACUACACUCGGCCAUCAAUGUUCACUGACUACACUCGGUCAGCAAUGUUCACUGUCUACACUCGGUCAUCAAUGUUCACUGACUACUAUCGGUCAUCAAUGUUCACUGACUACACUCAGUCAGCAAUGUUCACUGACUAA